CGGGUCGAAUUCGAAUCAUCUCGUGGAUGAUGUCGUCGCUGUCGCUCGCCUUCCCCAAAUCGUUCCUCCGGAGCCCCUCCCUCCCUCGCCGCCGGCCUCCGAGCUGCUCCGUCGCCGUCGGCUCCUCGUCCGCGACGCUCUACGAUGUGCUCGGCGUCGCGGCCGACGCCACGGGCGUUGAGAUCAAGUUGGCGUACCGGAGGCUCGCCCGGUCGUGCCACCCGGACGUGGUGGCGGCCCAGGGGAAGGGCGCGUCGGCAGCGGACGAGUUCAUGCGCGUCCGCGCGGCCUACGAGAUCCUCUCAGACCCAGAGAAGCGCGUCGACUACGACCGAAGGGUUAAGUCGGUGGUGUUCACUGCGCUGAGGACGUCUUGGUGCUCCUCCCAGGACCGCCGCCCACGGACAUGGGAGACGGACCAGUGCUGGUAGCAGAAGAAGAGCUGGAUCUCAAACCAUUGAGCCCCUUAUUCUUCCUUGUUAUUCCUUGUUAUGUACAUAUCUUCAAGGGUGUUGACAGGUACUGAAAAUUUGUGAUGCCUUGUAUCUGCUUGAUGAGAAGCCUGUGAAAGAUCGUUUAAUCACAUUUGUUUCUCUUUGUAGCA